GUCGCGCGCGAUCGCCUCUUGUCGCUUACGUUGCCCCUCGCCGCGUGCGCUUGCCUACCGACACUCAUUGACUCCGCCUGUAUCAAAUGUCUACACAGUCUGUCCCAGAUACGAUGAGACUAGAGUCCCUAGAAAUCAGAGUCUGGACACAGUCGUCUAGUAGGACAAAACAUGGCGUCGUAGAGAAAUACCAAUUAGUCCGAUAUAAAUCCGUAAAUUGUUAUAAAGAAAUUAGGAGCAAAUACAAAAGAAAAUGCCGUGUUGUUGUGUGUCAAAUUGUUCGAACCGAACAAAAAAAGGGUACUCAAUGAGGAGCUUCCCAACAAAUAGUGGACGGAGGACAGCAUGGAUUGAUAAUAUCAAUAUCCAUAGCGAUAAAAAAUUGUCAAAGCACAUAAAACAUAAUUUAUUCGUAUGCGAAGUCCAUUUUGCAGCAGACAUGUGGGAAAAAGUGCGAGUGGAUGGUAAGAAAAAAUUGAAAGCACAUGCUGUUCCUACAGUUUUUUCCUCUCCAAACAAUGCAAAUAUUCCAGCUGCGGAAGAAAACAUACAUAUUCGUGAAAAUAACGCAGCACAAUCCACAAAUAACCUUAUUGAGGCUCCUACAUCAUCAUCAAAACGACCUGCCAUAGACAUGGAUAUAAACACGGGAAAUGAUGCAAAGAGGUUGCGGAGAAGUGUAACGGAUGAGUCAAUCACACUUGCAAGUGAUGAGUCAAUCACACUUGCAAGUGAUGACACUGUGAAGAUCCUGCAAAGAAAACUGAAUGAAGCCAACAAAAAACUAGAGAAAGCAAAUACCAUCAUCCAGAACAGUGAAACAACAAACAGAAUUCUUCGGCAGCGUCUACAACAAAUAAGAAAUCCCACCAAGAUGCACAGUGAACAAAACAAUUCUUUGGAGUUUUUGAACAAAGUAUUUCAUAAAGAUCAGAUAGCCUAUCUUAAAGCAAAAUAUAAAGGACGCCAUAUACGUCAGUGGACAGAAGAAACUGUUAAAAAAGCAUUCCAACUCAAACAUGCAUGUGGGGAUAACGGGUAUGAGGAAUUAUUACGCCACGAUAUUCCUUUGCCUUCAACCCGUACUCUACGCAGGCGUUUAGAAUGCAUUACUUUUAAAGAUGGAAUUCUUGAUGAAGUGUUCGACUUAUUAAAGGAGAAAGUGUUAACGUUUCCAGAUGAACGAUAUAGAGAUAGCAUGAUGUGUGUUGAUGAAAUGAGCUUAACACCCGGUGAACAAAUAGAUCCCAGCACCAAUCAAACGAUUGGAUAUGCUACUAUUCCUAAUACAUCUGGAACAAUGCCUCAUGCUACGCAUGGUUUGGUAUUUAUGAUUUGCGGGAUAUUUACACGGUGGAAGCAAAUUGUGGGAUAUUAUUAUACUCCCAACGGUUUCAAUGGUGCAAUUCUAAAAAGAAAUUAUUCUAAAACUAAUAGAAAAAGCAGAAUCAAUAGGUUUACUAAUUCAUAGUAUCACAUCUGACAUGAGAGGAGUUAACCAGGGCAUG